AUGGUCGCUCAAGGUCAAACGGGGCUCCAAACUUUUACUGGUGGAUCUUCUCACAAUAAGGCCUCAAGAUCUCAUUCGAAGAAUAAGUGCACUCACUGUGAAGGAGACAAACAUACCCAUACUGGUUGUUACGAACUGAUUGGGUACCCUGAUUGGUGGUACCAUUCCAAAGGUCCCCGCACGCAUAGGAGCAAAUCACUCCACACAUCUUCUGAAUCAGACCCAAUAAGUCCUACUAUUUCGGCUACGCUGACUCCAGCAGUAGCCUCUAAAGCCACAACAGGUACCAAAGUUCUUGUCCAAGAAACACACAUUGUCCCCUUAAUCGGUGGUGUCUAA